CCGGGCAGCGCUGCGCUGCGGCUCCGAGGCUCGGCCGCCGCGGGGAAGGCGCGGGAGGCGGUGCUGCGGCCGGCACAGCCGGUUUGGGUUGCGGGAGGCGGGCGGGGGAGGAGCGCGGCGGGCGGAGGAGGAGCGCGGCGGGCGGGCUGGCCCGGCCGGGCGCAGAACGUUGCUAAAACCCGGCUCCGUGCGCCCAGGGGCGGCUGAUGCCCCCGGCGCUCCCCACUCCGCUGCCGCAACCGGGCCGCGUCUGGACGGGGCGCCGCACCGCGGGGCCGACGCCGGGCCACGAUGCUGCUCGGGGCGUCUCUGGUGGGGGUGCUGGUGUUUUCCAAGCUGGUGCUGAAGCUGCCCUGGACCCAGGUGGGGUUUUCCCUUUUGCUGCUCUACUUGGGGUCUGGCGGCUGGCGAUUCAUCCGCGUCUUCAUCAAGACCAUCAGGCGGGAUGUCUUUGGCGGCCUGGUGCUCCUGAAGGUGAAGGCCAAAGUGCGACGGUACCUGCGGGAGCGGGCCACCGUGCCCGUCCUGUUUGCCUCCACGGUGCGGCGCCACCCCGACAAGACGGCCCUGAUCUUCGAGGGCACGGACACCCGCUGGACCUUCCGCCAGCUGGAUGGCUACUCGAGCAGCGUGGCCAACUUCCUGCAGGCCCGGGGCCUGGCUCCAGGCGACGUGGCUGCCCUCUUCAUGGAGAACCGCAAUGAGUUUGUGGGCCUGUGGCUGGGCAUGGCCAAGCUGGGCGUGGAGGCGGCGCUCAUCAACACCAACCUGCGGCGCGACGCCCUGCGCCACUGCCUCACCACCUCCCGCGCACGGGCCCUCAUCUUUGGCAGCGAGAUGGCCGCAGCCGUCUGUGAGAUCCACGCCAGCCUGGACCCCUCGCUCAGCCUUUUGUGCUGCGGCUCCUGGGAGCCCAGUGCGGUGCCCACCGGGACAGAGCACCUAGACCCUCUGCUGGAUGCGGCCCCCAAGCACCUGCCCAGCCGCCCUGAUAAGGGCUUCACAGAUAAGCUCUUCUACAUCUAUACGUCCGGCACCACAGGGAUGCCCAAAGCCGCCAUCGUGGUGCACAGCAGGUAUUACCGCAUGGCCGCCCUGGUGUACUAUGGAUUCCGCAUGCGGCCCGAUGACAUUAUCUAUGACUGCCUGCCCCUCUACCACUCCGCAGGGAACAUCGUGGGAAUCGGACAGUGCCUCAUCCACGGCAUGACAGUGGUGAUCCGGAAGAAGUUCUCAGCCUCCCGGUUCUGGGACGACUGUAUCAAGUAUAACUGCACGAUCGUGCAGUACAUCGGUGAGCUGUGCCGCUAUCUCCUGAACCAGCCGCCGCGGGAGGCGGAGACCCAGCACCAGGUGCGCAUGGCGCUGGGCAACGGCCUCCGGCAGUCCAUCUGGACCAGCUUCUCCAGCCGCUUCCGCAUCCCCCAGGUGGCCGAGUUCUACGGGGCCACCGAGUGCAACUGCAGCCUGGGCAACUUCGACAGCCAGGUGGGCGCCUGUGGCUUCAACAGCCGCAUCCUGUCCUUCGUGUACCCCAUCCGGCUGGUCCGCGUCAAUGAGGACACCAUGGAGCUGAUCCGGGGGCCAGAUGGCGUCUGCAUUCCCUGUCAGCCAGGUGAGCCAGGCCAGCUGGUGGGCCGCAUCAUCCAGCAAGACCCCCUGCGCCGUUUUGAUGGCUACCUCAAUCAGGGCGCCAACAACAAAAAGAUCGCCAAGGACGUCUUUAAGAAGGGGGACCAGGCCUACCUCUCUGGUGAUGUGCUGGUGAUGGACGAGCUAGGCUACCUGUACUUCCGGGACCGCACGGGGGACACGUUCCGCUGGAAAGGCGAGAACGUGUCCACCACUGAGGUGGAAGGCACCCUCAGCCGCCUGCUGGACAUGGCCGACGUGGCGGUGUACGGCGUCGAGGUGCCUGGAACUGAGGGCCGGGCUGGAAUGGCUGCUGUGGCCAGCCCCGCAGGCACCUGUGACUUGGAGCACUUCGCACAGGUCUUAGAGAAGGAGCUGCCCCUGUAUGCCCGGCCCAUCUUCCUGCGCUUCCUGCCUGAGCUGCACAAAACAGGGACCUACAAGCUCCUUAAGACAGAGCUGCGAAAGGAAGGCUUUGACCCAGCUGUCGUGAAAGACCCGCUGUUCUACCUGGACGCCCGCCAGGGCCGCUACGUCCCCCUGGACCGACAGGCCUACACCCGCAUCCAGGCCGGGGAAGAGAAGCUGUGAUUUGCCCCCCACGUCCCUCUGAGGGUCCUGGGCAAUGCCAGACCAAAGCAAGCCGGGCCUGGCCCCUCCAGCCCAAGGUGCUGGCCCCUCCCUCCACGACUGCCAAGUGACUCACUGCCGCCCGCCCACCCGCCCUGCGGAGGUUUUCUGUGAAAGCCACCUGUCCAGGCUCGCCUUCUGGGCUGGGGGUUCUCGGGGCUCUGGGGUGAGCAGGACCCCCUCAGGAUGAUGUCUUGAGUCAGGCAGGGCAGGGGGAGGGGUCACCAGGCUCUCCCGAGAGCAGGGAGCUUGUCACUGGGACCAAGGCAGAAGCCCGCAGACUCAGGAAGCCAGCAGGAGGGGCACGCGCAGUGGCUGGCACUGAUGGUGAAGAGCGUCCUGCCCAGAGCUGCUCCGCCUCACGCCGGCCUGCUCACACCUCGGGGGCGGGGCCGCAGAGGAGGACCCUGUGUGGCCCCCACGCCCCACCUGCAGCAGGACGUCAGGACACAGCUCCCCAUGUCUGUCUCCCCACUCCCCCAUCCUCCUCAGGCAGGGCCUUCUGUCCGUAGGUCCAUCUGUGUCACUGUCUCUGUCCCAGUCCCUGCCUGGCUGAGAGGAGGAUGGGUGGGGGAGGGGGAGGGCUCAGGGGCCAAUAAACUCCGCCUUGACUCCGUCCA